GAAAAAAAGGAAGUAACGCAUGGGGAAGAGGAGCUUGAACCAAAGCCAUGCAUGCACAAAUGGGAUCCGUCGAUGAAGGAUUAUUCUGAGGAUUAUUCGGACGUUGAUCGAUUGUAGAGCUUCAAUCGCUGAAUGAUUGAAGAAGAUGAUCAAUUUCACAGAAUUUCUUCAUUCUCGCCUUCUCCACUUGGUUUCAUUUUCCUUUGUUUUCUUCCAUUUUCUUUUCCUCAAAUUUCUCCUCCUCUCUAUGUUUUCAUCUUUCUUUUCUUUUCAGAGCACGGCGUUUUCUGUGUUGAAUGAUUGCAUUCAUGUUGGAGGCUAUUUGUUUGUGGUUUUCGGUUUCUUGUUGUUUGGGAAAUAAAUCGAGUUGAAGGUAUUGGUUGUGAUUUGAUCUAAUUGAGGAGGUUAGAAUUGAGUGGUUUGGUUCUUGAUGGGAUUUUUGGGGAUCAAUUCGUAUGUUUGGAUUCAGGGGAGGGAGAUUAUGUCAAGGACUUAGAGGUCUGUGAAAAUUGAUGGGGAAUACAUGUGUAGGACCAAAUCUCGCCAAUAAUGGAUUCUUGAAAUCUGUUACGGCCGCAGUAUGGCCAAGCCGGCCACCGGAGGAGAGACUUCCUCCACCGAAGGAUGGAACUGAAAGCAAAAGUAAGACAAAUGAGAGUUCUGAUUCAUCUAAAAGCGCCGAUGAUUCAAAAGAUUCAGAACCCCAAAAGGAUGUUCAAACUCAAAGUACGCCGCCUGAAACGGUGAAAAUUGGUAAUAAUGAUCAAAACAAAGUAGUGGAACGCGAGAUGUCGUCUAGAGUGAUUAAAGAUGAAACUAGGGCACCGGAGGGUACAAAAUCGAAAAAGGCCACUCAUAUUAAGAGAUUAUCCAGCGCUGGACUUCAAAUUGAUUCGGUUCUAGGGCGAAAAACGGAUAAUAUUAAGGAUCAUUACACAUUGGGACGGAAGCUUGGACAAGGGCAGUUCGGGACAACGUUUCUUUGUGUGGAAAAGGCAUCUGGGAAAGACUUUGCCUGCAAAUCUAUAGCGAAAAGGAAAUUGACCACGAAAGAGGACGUGGAGGAUGUUAGAAGAGAGAUACAGAUAAUGCACCAUUUGGCAGGGCAUCCUAAUGUGAUACAGAUUGUGGGGGCUUUUGAGGAUGCUGUGGCAGUUCAUGUUGUAAUGGAACUUUGUGCGGGUGGGGAAUUGUUUGAUAGGAUUAUACAGAGAGGCCACUAUACAGAGAGAAAAGCAGCUCAAUUAGCUAGAAUCAUAGUUGGUGUUGUCGAAGCAUGUCAUUCUUUGGGUGUCAUGCAUCGAGAUUUAAAACCAGAGAAUUUUCUUUUCAUCAAUCAAGAAGAGGAGUCAGCACUUAAGACCAUAGAUUUUGGGCUCUCCAUGUUCUUUAGGCCAGGUGAAACUUUCACAGAUGUGGUUGGUAGCCCUUAUUAUGUAGCCCCAGAAGUAUUGCGGAAGCUUUAUGGGCCAGAAUGUGAUGUAUGGAGUGCUGGGGUUAUCAUAUAUAUUUUACUAAGUGGCGUGCCUCCGUUCUGGGAUGAGACGGAGCAAGGAAUAUUUGAGCAGGUUUUGAAAGGUGAGCUUGACUUUAUAUCAGAACCCUGGCCUAGUAUAUCAGGGGAAGCAAAAGAGUUAGUGCGGAGAAUGCUUGUACGAGAUCCCAAGAAAAGACUAACAGCCCACGAAGUCCUUUGCCAUCCAUGGGUGAAAUCUGAUGGAGUUGCUCCUGACAAACCUCUUGAUUCAGCUGUUCUAAGUCGUUUGAAUCAAUUCUCUGCCAUGAACAGGCUAAAGAAAAUAGCAAUUAGAGUUAUUGCAGAAAGCCUUUCCGAAGAGGAAAUUGCUGGCCUCAAAGAGAUGUUUAAGAUGAUAGACACGGACAAUAGUGGUCAAAUAACUCUUGAGGAAUUGAAGCAUGGUUUGGAAAGAGUGGGUGCUAAUCUGAAGGAUUCUGAAAUUAGUGGGUUAAUGCAAGCUGCAGAUGUUGAUAAUAGUGGUACCAUAGAAUAUGGCGAGUUUGUAGCAGCAAUGCUUCAUUUAAACAAGAUUCAGAAAGAGGACCAUCUCUUUGCUGCCUUCUCAUACUUCGAUAAAGAUGGGAGUGGAUACAUCACACAGGACGAGCUCCAACAAGCUUGCGAAAAGUUUGGUUUGUCAGACUUCCGCUUAGAAGAUAUAAUGCGUGAAGUUGACCAGGAUAAUGAUGGUCGAAUAGAUUACAGUGAGUUUGUGGCUAUGAUGCAAGACACUGGUUUUGGUCGGAGGUGAUUGUAAAGCUGCAUGACGAUUGAAAUUAGGGGAAGCCUUUAGGCUUAACUAUUAACAUGCCUCAUUUUAGUUACCGACCAAAAAGCCAAUUUUAUUUAUUUUCUGGCCAGUAGGCCCAAUACAUGUUCUUUUCUAUAGUUAGAAGUUGAAAUUAAUGCUGUUUGUAAAGAUGACAAGCUUCAGAGGGAGAGAGUUAGUUUCUUGUUUCUGUUAUUGUUUUUUUUUGUCCAUAUUGAUUUGUUUUAUAUUGAGCAAUUAAGUUGAAAUAGCAUUCAAGUCUGUUAAUUGAAAAAUGUUUAUCACUAUUUAAUUCUUGUUCUUUGUUUACUA